CCAAUCAGCGGCAGCGCCCCCGCGCCUGCCCGACUCGAGUCACGUGUCAGCCAAAAUGGCUGCGCUCAGGGUAGGAGAGUAAAGGUUGGAGUGAGCCCCGGCGUGGGAAAGCAUAAGGUACUGCUGUGAGGAGAGCAUAAGGCUCAAGAUGGAAAAUCAUGAACCAGAUGAUACUGUCAAGGAGGACUUAAUUUUCAAUAUCAUAACCAGAAAAAUUAGCCAACUCCCAGAAGCAGAAAGGAAUCUGUUGGAACAUGGAUCAACAUACGUUGGACUUAAUGCUGGUCUCUGUGGUCUAAUAGCAAAUAGUCUUUUUCGACGCAUCUUAAAUGUGACACAGGCUCGUAUAGCUGCUGGCUUACCAAUGGCAGUGAUCCCAUUUUUGACUGCACAUGUAUCUUACAAAGGUUUUGUAAGUUUACCUCUGAAUACAGGUGAUUUGAAUUGUGAAACCUGUACCAUAACACGGGGUGGAUUGGUUGGUCUUGUUUUUGGUAGUCUGUACCCUAUUAUCUUGGCUAUACCUGUGAAUGGUGGUCUAGCAGCCAGGUAUGAGUCAGCCCCGCUACCAGAGAAAGGAAACAUCUUAACUUACUGGACGAGGAUUUCUAAGCCUGUCUUUAGAAAGAUGUUAUUUCCCAUUUUGCUCCAGACUAUGUUUGCAGCAUAUUGGAUCUAGACAAUAUAAACUAAUUAUAAAGGCCCUUCAGUUACCUGAACCGGGCCUAGAAAUUCAGUGACUGUUAAAUGUGUACACAAAAAUAAAAUUGUUAAUGUAU